AUGCGAACUCCCAGAACCACCAUCGACUGGGAGCUCUUCGCUUCGCUUGUCGCUUUUUGGGAACAUAUCGUAAUGGACAACAUCGACGACGAAUAUGAACGGCUCAUAGAACAUCUUCACGGUUGUACGAGGAAAGCGAAGAGUUUCAAAACCACCAAGAGGCGCCUGUCUCUCGAAACUCUUGAGUUGAUAGGUCAGCGUGGAGCUGGACGAGCUGCAGGCAACCAAAACCUCACGUCCGAGUUCGCAAGGCUUUGCAGAGAGGCGAUUAAGGAAGACCUGAGAGAGAGAGAGAGAGAGAGAGAGAGAGAGAGAGAGAAGAACAAAAGUGUUGGCUGA